AGGUGCAUCAUGGGAAACGUGUCUCCUCUUGCUUUCAUAUGUUCUUUUUCCUUUUUUUCUCCUCCCUUCGUUUUAUUGCGAGAACAACGCUUAAGAGACUCAACAACACAUCCCCAGUUUUAGGCGGCAAUCUGUGACCAAGUUUUCAAAGGUGAUCUGUAGUAGCCAUGGCCCGUACCAAGCAGACUGCCCGUAAGUCCACUGGAGGUAAAGCUCCACGUAAGCAGCUGGCCACCAAGGCUGCUCGCAAGAGCGCCCCUUCCACUGGUGGUGUCAAGAAGCCCCAUCGCUACAGGCCGGGCACUGUGGCUCUGCGUGAGAUCCGUCGUUAUCAGAAGUCCACUGAGCUGCUGAUCCGCAAGCUGCCCUUCCAGCGCCUGGUGAGGGAAAUCGCCCAGGACUUCAAGACUGACCUGCGUUUCCAGAGUGCAGCCAUCGGAGCUCUGCAGGAGGCCAGCGAGGCCUAUCUGGUGGGUCUGUUUGAGGACACCAAUCUGUGCGCCAUCCACGCCAAGCGUGUCACCAUCAUGCCCAAAGACAUCCAGCUGGCACGUCGCAUCCGCGGAGAGCGCGCUUAAAAUGCUUUGAUUUAUUACACGCUAUCCUGUCCUGUCACCGCUCAUUUCUCCUUUUCCUUCCUCCUAUACUUAGUAGUUUGGUUUGAGGUUCUCUAUAUAUAUCAUGAUUGUGAUAACCGUAAAUGUGUGAUCAUGUCUUCUUUGGUGCUACCAGUAGCAGAUUUUCCUUAGAGGUAUCUUCAUGUACUUUGAAUCACACUCAUCUGUUCUAAUUAGUGAGCCGCAGGAAUACCUUAUGACCUCUAUGAAUAAGAUGUUUUUGCAAACCAAGAAUAGUGUAUGAUCAGAAAUGGGAAUAGGAAUUAGCAUUAAGAUUGAGACAUUUUCAUCUUCAGGUGGACACAUACAUUGAUAUAAUGGGUCUUCUGAGUUUUCUUUAAAAAUAAAAUUAGAAAUUUGUUGUAAAAGUAGUAAGUUUUCUUUUGCUUUUUUUUUUUUUUUUUUUUUUUUUUUUUUUUUUACAAUAAUGGUGUAUUUCUACUGUUGCUGUUUGAUGUAUCAAGAUUAAAAAAUCGAUUCUGGUUGUCAAUUGGAGACGUCAUUGCGCUGUGAUGACACUGCAUGGUUGGACGGACUAUGAGCGGCGUAUAUGUAGCAGACCUUUGUUGAUCAUAUUUUACUUUUCAGCCACGUUUAUCAUGUCCAGGUAAUGUUAUGACUUUUUGUUCCUAUCUCAGGUUGAUAUGGUAACCUUUUUUUUUUUUGUUUGUUUGUUUUUCUACUGUGUUCUUGAUUUAUGUUUCAGUCAUUUUUAAGAGCAAAAUAUUUGUACUCCAGAAUUCACAUACAAACAUAAUAAACAGAAUCUUGUGGUUAAA